AAGACUCUUUUGACCUCGGAGUUAAAAAGAUGGAGGAAUUUGAUCUUGACAAACGGAUAUUUAAGGGUUUAGAAGGACUUGAUAUGCUUAAAUUUGCUAUUAUCAACUUAGUAUCUUGUAAUGGGACGAAAAGUAUAUCAUUUUCAGAAGUCUCUUGUGAUUAUGAAGUGCUGAGGGACAAAACAGACCGACGGACAUGUUUUUUUCCUUUUCAAUUAAUCUUCAAUUACGGAGUUUCUUUCUUGGAAAGUUUGGAAAAAGCAAGCAGUGAUGACAUAAAAAACAUGGAACCUCACAUGAAAAAAGCUGUUUUACGCCUUAAUGCAUUUUACAAAUCAAUAGAGUAUAACCAAACCUGUCUGAAAAAAGUCUUUGACAUGAAACUAAAGGGUGAAGAAAUGGCAGCUACAGAGACGGAUAUAAGCAUUACACUUGCGGAGCACUUGCUAGGAAAGUUAGCUCCUGGAGAGUCCUAUAAAAUUGAUAAUAAAGCAAGGGAAAAGAAGAGCUGCAGGUGUGGAUGUAAAGUGACGCCUGUAUUUGAUGGAACAGGAAUAGGUCAUGAACAAGUUUGGCAUGGAUUUAUUGAUAUUGUCUUCUCCUCACAUCUCGGAAUUCAUUCCAUGGCAAAUGCUGUGUUAGAUAUUGAAGAAAAUAUUUCCAAAAAAAGAAGAGUUGAUGAACAGGAUGAAACAAAGAAUGAUGAUUCUCCAGGCGGGAAAACAAUAACACAGGUCAAGCAACCAUUAUCAGAAAAUAUGCUGUCACAAGCAAUAGCACAAACAAUUGUGUUUUCCCUAGUUCAAAAGCAGAAACACCCUGAAUUUUUACACCACAUGAUUCCAAAUAUUGUUAUUUCCCCAGAAAAGCUUGAAAUUAUGAUGUAUGAUUCAGAUAAUGAUGUUUUACUUUGCAGCAAUCCAAUUCUUUUAUUCAAUUUAGACCUCCCAGAUGACAGAACUCUCAUUGAUGAGACUGUUCUUAUUAUUUGGAUGGUUUUACACUAUAGAAUAUUUUGUUCUGGAUUAAAUAAGGCGAAUCCUUAUUUACUUGAAAGAUGUAAAUCAAAUUUUAGGCAACUUGUUGCAAGUAAAUGGGAUAUCUAUUCAAAAUCCUUAAAGAGCUGUGUUCCUGGUUUCCCUUCAGUAGAAAAGUGGCCAAUAAGUGAAUUAAUUCAGUGUGGCAAAAAACUUAAAUUUGAGUCAGAUGACUUUUAAAAUCUGAAUUUUUACAAAAUGAAGGUUUGUCAGCUUGCCCGUGUUGCAUUGGGUAACAUUUUCAUUCAGAUUUCCAUCUUGGGAUAACAGUAGCUGAAAGCACUGUUAACCUUAUUUCCUAAGAUCUACCAAGCACUAAAGAUACAUGGAACACCCCCCUUCCCCAACUCCCAUCCCUUUAAUAAAAAUGCAGGAAAGCAGAAUAAAGAUAUAACAGAGUUUGAAUCUGUAAAUACUAAUUCAUACAUCUAUCACUAUGCUCAGUAAAUAAAUCUUCUCUUAAGUCUAUAUCUGUGGAUUGAUUAUAUAGAAAUCCAAACCCUUCACAUGUAAAAAUUAAUCAUACAAAUGAAAUACAUGUGUGUGUGUGAGGGAGGGGGAGUAUAGAUCAUGAUGAAUUGUUUACUUUUGUGAGGCUCUUUUGUUUAAAUAUAGCAAGAAUGUAUUAGUGCUUUGAAAAUUUCUUGGCCCUUGAAGUAAUCAAAAUAAAU